ACUCAUGAGUUGCGAUGGCUAAGGUUUAAGCAGACGGCGUCAAUUUCCUAACGGUCAAAUCAGGAAUCCAAUUAACACACAACAACUUGGGAAGGCUUUCUCUCUUUCUUUUUUAUUUUUUUAUUACAACUCAAUAUUCUUUUGUCCGAAAUUGAUUAUUGCAAUAAUCCACGUUGACUUUUCUCCUUUUUUUGCCACAAUAAUCCAAUUUGGUCACUAAAAAAGCCUCGGAAACUAGCGAAUUUUCCAUGUCACUGCUCCUCCCCAGCCGAAGGGUUGACGAAGAAGCUUUCUCUCAAGAAUAUAUAUACACAGACACAUACAAUGCAAGUGUCUGAUGAUUGUAUUUGACAGUAUAGGCACCGAGUCAAAGUUUUUUCAUAGCUUCUAUAAGAUGAGUUCUGGCUCCACCACAUAAUAUAACACCACACUAUGUGGAAACAAAGAGUAAUCUUCUUCCACUCCGUCGUGGUUUUCCUCGGCAUCGCCUCCUUCGUUUCAUGUUUCACCGCCGAGUUCAAGAAACCUAAGAAGGAGGAUAUCAGAUGGGACGGGGAAAGGAACUGUUUUAUCCCCGAGACCGAGGCCUUCGGACUAGGAACCGCAGCUGUUCUCUGUCUCGGUCUUGCCCAGAUCGUCGGAAACGUUGUCGUGUACAUAGAUCACCGGACAAGACACAACAAGACAGAGGAUGGUCACAAGGCUUAUAACCUCGCCCUAGUCCGAGUUCUACUGCUUUUGUCCUGGUUGAGCUUCGUGGUGGUGGUUCUGAUUCUGAGCACAGCGACGAGCAUGAGCAGGAGACAGGCCUACGGACAGGGCUGGCUUGACCAGGAAUGCUACCUGGUCAAAGACGGGAUCUUCGUAGCGUCCGGCUGUCUCGUCCUGCUCGCCUUAGGUGCCUUGAUCGUGGCAGCCACCAUGAUCAGAGAGAAGAAACUACUUGACCAAGUCAACGGAACACUGCCCACCAAGAACCAAGAACAAGAAGAAGAUCAGAUACCUCGGAAGAUGUCAGAAACGGUCAUAUCCAUCGUGGAAGAAGCUAAUUCGACCACAGAUAUAAGUAGGAUAUAACUAUACGAAGAACAAGCGAACAUGACUGUUUUACAAAAAAAAAAAA